AUGAUUGAAUUACCAGAUUUAUUUCAUGAAAAUCGAAUUGCUGAAUUAACAUUAUCUUUAAUUAUUUAUGCACCUAUUGGUCUUUGUCUUGUAAUCCUUCGUUCUAUUGCAUUAAUAUUUUUAUUUCUUAUUUCGUCUAUAUUACCAGCAAGUUUAUCUCUUGAUCAAUUUAUAAAUGAAGCCAUCAGUUUUAUAUUAACAUUUAUCUAUGUUGAUGAAGUUGCUCAAAAUCGAAAUGAAGAUAAUAGAAAAACAACAAAAAUUAUUGUUGCUAAUCGAGUAUCUUGUUUGGAUUCGAUUGCAUUGAGAAAAUUUUUUUCUAAUAAUAAAUGUAAAAUGAUAAAUUUAUGGAAAGAAACUUCUUGGAUUUAUUAUUUCAAGUUAAAUUCAAUUAAUUCUUCUCGUACACAAGAAGAUUUAUUGGAUUUAUGUGUCAAAGAAAUUCAAUAUUCUGAUUAUCAACUUCUUUUCUUACCUGAAUUUGAACCAACAACUGGUUCAGAUGGUUUAUUAAAGUUUAACCUUUUGCCAUUUACUCUUGCUAAAAAGCUUCAAUUAUCUAUUCUACCAGUCUGUCUUCGUACUUCUCGUGCAUUUAAAAUUCGAACUAGUAUUUUCAAUAGUCAUCCAUUUACUGAUCUUUUCUGGUUUUUAUUCAGUCCUUAUACACGAUUUUAUAUAAAUUGUUUACCAAUCGUUUCUCCAACAGAUCUAUCUUCCGAUGAAAUUUUCUGUGAACAAAUCCGUGAAAAUAUGUGUCGAAAGAUGGGUAUAGAAUUGACUCAAUUCGAUGAACAACAAGUGUCUGAACUUAAAAAAAGACCUGAUCUUGUUCAACGUCGACAUGAACAGCGUCGAGCUGAAUUUCAACAAAUGAUUAAUCUUGUUCAUCAGCAAGUACCUCUGGCAUCAUUGGAAACCAUUCGAUAUGAACUUGAAACAACAAAAAAUGUUCAAAGAACAAUUGCAAGUUUAAAUGAACGUGUUACUGCAGCAACUCGAGCAGCAAAUAAAUCAACAUCAUCAACUACAUCUUCACAUGCAAUAACAAAAUCUUCCGGUGGCAGUAAUCAUCGUCAAACAUAUGAAAGACUAAAACAAGAAUUAAUCGAAAAAAACCGACAAUUAUUUUUAAAAAAAACUGUAACUAAAAUAUAA